AUGGAACCCAUCUUGCCCCCUCCAAAGCUCACCCACCUCUUCACCCUGCGCUGCGCCGUCGCCGCGCCCCUGGAAAUCGGUCAUGGCCCAUACGGCCGCCGCCGCUGCGUGCCCAUUCUCUCCGGCACGGUGAGGGGCGAGUAUCUCACUGGGGAGGUUGUCCCCGGAGGGGCGGAUUUCAGGCUUGUUGAAGCGGAUCAGACAACGCACGUGAAUACAAACCACGUCAUUAAGAGUGAGGAUGGGGCGUAUAUCUACGUCCGGACGGAAGGAACGCGGUCCGGACCGCCGGAGGUUCUCCAAGCGCUGAUGGAAGGCGACGGGGUCGAUCCCGAUGCAUAUUGGUUCCAUCUGCAUAUCAAGUUGGAGACGGGGCAUGAAAGGUACAAGUGGAUGAACAACCGGGUGAUCGUGGGGAGAGCCACGAGGGCUAAGGGCGAGGUCGCGUAUGAUGCGUAUUUCCUGGAAAACGGCUCGUGA